UAUAUUUUUGAAAUCGGGGCGGGAGAGAGAGAGAGAGGGGCCAUGGGGGAAACCCUAGUCUCGUCCGAGGGUUCGGAGAUCGAACCGAUCAACUUGGAGACUUUUCGGAGUCGAUUAAGAGAGCUCUCAGAACUGCGAAUUAAUGCCGUAAAUGCGUCCGAUGACUUGCCUUCCGAUCCCAAGAAAUUAUUAGAAGACUGCACCUCUGAUUUCCUGGGGAAAGUCAAGCAGAUAGAAUCUGAGGAUCCAGAUGUUGUUUCCCUAGGGCUUGAGGAUUUAGAGGCUUUCAUGGAACUAUUGAAAAAAGAACUAUUCUCAGCAGAGGAGGAAAACUCGCGGAUCUCUGGUGAAAUUGAAACUCUGACAAGAACAGUUGCAGGAGAUUCGGCCCAGCUGGAUGGUGAUAUUGAAGCAUUGGCUUGUUCAUUGAAGUAUAUUGAUUCACAGGAUCAGCACUAUUUUCAGUUUCAUCUUCCAGAUGGCAGAUUGAUCCCAGGAGAUACACAUGAAAGUUCAACACACAUGUUUGAGGACAACAAAUUUGAGAUUCUGGAACUUGAUCAGCGGAUUGAGAAGAGUAAAAUCAAUUUAAGUGGUUUGCAGGAUCUGGAUUAUGCCUUGAAAAGGGCUGAAGCAAUUGGACAAAUUGAAUACAUGUUAUCUGGAGUAAAGGUUAUUGAACUCGAAGGCACUUGUCUUAGGUUGUCCCUAAAGACACCUAUUCCAACCUCAGACAGCUUCCUUCUUAGACAUAAACUGGAUUGCAUUAGAGAGCCAACUGUCAUGGACCAUGAGUUGCUAAUAGAAGUUGUUGACAAGACUUUGGAGCUAAAGAGCGUGGAGAUUUUUCCUAGCGAUGUGUUUAUAAAUGGAAUAAUUGAUACUGUAAAAUCCUUAAGGGAUUUUGUCUUUCUGACUGGGUCCUCCUUGGGAUGGUUCCUAAGGCAAGUUCAGCAUCGCAUUCUUUUGUGCACUCUAAGACGCUUAUUGGUGAAAGAUGCAAACAAUUCAAGACACUCCUUUGAGUACUCAGACAGAGAUGAGACAUUCACAGCUCAUUUGGUGGGGGGAGUCGAUGCUUUCAUUAAGAUAUGUCAAGACUGGCCAAUAUCAAAUUCUGCUUUAAAAUUGCUCUCAAUAAAAACUUCCAAUUCUCAUUCCAAAAAAAGCAUUUCUCUGAGCUUGAUUUGCAAGGUUAAGGGGUGUACCAGAUGGUUCCAAGGUGUGCCAAGGUCGACUCCACUUCCUCUGGGGUCGACUCAAUCUACACUUUCCUGCAUCUUAAGGAGCUGGCGAACUCUCUGGACAUGCAGACACGCCAUCACCUUGUACGGUUUGUAGAUGCAAUUGAAGAAAUACUUGUCCGAGAGAUGCAAACUGAACUCCAUUCAGAUAAUACUUCUGCCUGAAUGUAGAUCGAGGUUACAUCCUCAUGAUCGCUUGCAGUAGUUCAUCCAUUGCUGCCAAACUAUUAUCUGUAAAUAAUAAGACAUUUGGGGCCUUCUACUGUGGGAGUAAAACAAAGUUUCUGAAAAAAGAAUUAUGACACUUGGCUAGCUCCUUUUGACA